AUGGCUGGAGAACGCAGGCCUGGCCCUGUUUGGCCAGGACAGAAGAGGCAGCAGGAUACAGCCAGCUUCGGCAGCAGUAGCAGCAGCAGCAGCAACUACCACCUGAACUAUGAGCUGCACACAGAUGACGUUCCUUAUAGGGUGUAUGGAUACCAGAGGAUCCCCCCACUCAUCAACCAGAUGUCUGCCAAGCUCCGGAGGACUUUCGUGGGCCUCGGGGUCAAGAGUGGCUGCAGCCCCUACAAGUCCUCUAGGAGCAGACCCCUGCCCUCUGAGCAGAUAAAGCUGAGGACAGAGGACCUGCGCUCCAUCCGGGGGGAGCUGAGCCAGAUCAAAGCCCAGGUGGACAGGCUGCUGGAGGUUCUGGAGCACAUGGACCAGCACAGGGCCCAGGCUGCAGGGAUAAAGGACAGUGACAAGAACGGAGUCCCUGGUAAUGAGGGCUGCUCAUGCAGAACCUCAGAGGCUCAACCAGCACCCAGGGGCUGGAGGGUCCAUCCAGACAGCUCAGAGGGAAGGACAGCCACAAAGCAGGUGGUGCAGAACCAAGCCUCUGACCAGGAGGGCAGCCAGUAG